AUGCAAUUUUUAAAACCAAUACCCUUGGUUUUCAAAUUAUACUUCUUCUAUGGAUUAUUAGUUUAUUUUGAUCACGGAAGGUUCGCAAAUGAGAAUAUAACUAGGAAUAACCAUUUUUUUGUGGAAUCUCUGGUUAUUCCCAGACAGAGCUGUUUUGUAAACAACUUUCAUAAACCAUACACGCAUUCCCGCUAUGAUACUGGACUAUACGCUGUUCCCAAAAAGAAGCCUUCCAGAAGAAGAACAAGGAUAAGAAAAACGGCGUGGAUGAAAAGAUUCCCCAAAAACUACAAAAAGCCCAUGAUGCUGGACAUGUUUGACAUCAUCAAAUACACGGAUGGCACAUUUACAAAAGCCAGGACAAUACACCAGAACUGGUUGAACCUGCCUAACACGAGGCUGGACGGAAAACACGUUUUCAACAAAGAAGUCAGGCCUAGUUGGUGA